UUUUCAACCAACCAAUAUCAAAGCAACUGCAAACACACACACACACACCGACAAGAACAACCAGCAACAUGGGAGCUCCCGCAGGCCAGGCAGCACAGAAGGGCAUCAGCGCCGUCCUCAACAACUCCACCAUGACCGGCCGUCGUAACAUGACCUUUGCCGUCCUUGCUGGUUGGGCUGUGGUGAUCAAGCUCGCCACUGGCGGCAAGAAGAAGGAGUAAGAAGGGUGUCCGCGCUGUUUGCCUUCAUUCUCGUUUUGUUCUGCUCCCGUUGGUUGUUGUGCUGUUGAAUUACCUCGUUGUUCCUCGCUGUUGCCUCCGUUGUUCCUCGUGGCUGUGACUUCGGCUAUUUGUCCCUGCCUCACUUGGUAUCUUCAACCCACGUGGUGUUGUCGUGCCCAAGGCAGUUUUGUCGUGUUUCCCGAAAGUUUCAUGUGUGGCUGUGUGGUUUACAUUGCAUGACUACCGAGCCAUCGUGCUUGCUGGGUGACCUGUGUCGCUGUGUUUCUGUGUUUGCAAGUGUGACCAAAUGCCUGACGCACAAACAGGCCACUGCCUCUGGCAUGUUCGGCCUGUGUCUGUGAUUGUGAUUGUUGACGUCGCGCCCGCCAGUCCUUGCUGCAGUAAACCACCACCUCGUC